CUAUAGAAUAAUGAUAAUUAUUUCGAAAACGAACAAUUUUUUACUUUAGUAAUAUUAAUGGAAUUAUAAUUUAUAUGCCGAUAAAGAUUAAAUGUGAAUACAUGCAAAUAAACGUCAAGCCUUCUUCAACAUUAUACGCAUAGAAAAUGCGAAGACUGGAACUAAUAUGUACUAUUAUAUCAUUGCGUACGGAUUAGUAUUAUCCCCAAAUGAUUAAUUUAUAAAAGUAUAUUGUUUAUAAAUAUUUAGGUACUUGUGUAAUAUAUUCUUGCGCAUUUGAUAUAUCUUAAGUAUAAAAUUGUCCAUUUAGCAACUAGGAAUAUGGUAUCAAGAACUACUAUGUUUAAUACAUAAAUAUCAAAGAGCACAUAUAUUUUGUGAUCAGAAGAGUAAAAGAAUUUUUAAUCUGUACUAUUACACAUCCUAUACAAAAAAUGCAAUAGUAGUGCAAUUAUUUCUUUAUACAAAACACUGGAAGUACUUAAUGCAUAGUGUGCAUAAAUUUAAAGCUGUUGAGAAUAUAAAUUCUUCCAAAACGUGGUUACUUGUUAAGUUUUAGAUACAUACAUUGAAAGUCAGUUAACCAUGACUGAUAUCACCACUCAAGAUCUACAGCAAUUAGUUAUCUACUUCUCUAAGAAUACUUAUAAGGCUAAGGAUGCGGAUAGCGAAAGUCAAGCCAUUAUGCAACGAUGCCUGCUUCUUAGCGAUUUAGAUUAUACUCAUUCGAUAAUAAAUAACGGUGGAGGUGAUCUAAGUGCACAUUAUCCAAGUCAUCUUAUUAUAUUAGAAUAUGAAAAGUCCAGAAAUCCCACUACAUGCGAUACACCACCACCACUGCCACGCACAACAGAGACUAUAUAUGAAAGCAUGUAUGAUCCUAUUAAACUAAAGGAAUUAAUAAAAAGUGCUAGAUUUGCUAGAUGUCGUUCAAGAUUUCCACUGCCUGUAAUACUUUACAAGGGUAGACAUGUAUGCAGAUCAGCAACAUUAUCUGGUGGACCAGAAAUUUAUGGUAGAUCGGGAUUAGACUAUUUGUUUGCAAGUAACGAAGGUGUAGUUUCUGUUCAACAGCAAGUAGAUGAAGCAUGUGGGGGAGACUCAAGGCUUAGCGAUUGGCAACUAUUUGACAAAGUUAGACAUCAAGACAUAAAACUUUUGAAGACUCUUAAUGUAGGAACCAUCAUCGAUUUAAUGGUAGAAAAGAAGAAAGUCAAAUUUGGAAUGAACGUGACUUCUUCAGAGAAGGUAGACAAAGAGAAGAGGUAUGCUGAUUUCACCCUUAUUUCCUUGCCAUAUCCUGGGUGUGAGUUCUUCAAAGAAUUUCGGGAGAAUGAUUAUUGCGCCAAGGGUUUAGUGUUUGAUUGGUCUCAGACUUACGUGGAUGCACAAAUUGGUAUACCUGAAGAUUCGAUUUCUUGUCAGUUUCGAAUAAAUUGGGAACAAUAUCAAGUUUGGGAUCUUAUAAAACUAACUCAAAAUUAUUUAAAACUUAUUUUGAGGUAUUUGAGCGAUAGUAGUAGUGGAAUGCUGAUUCACUGUAUUUCAGGCUGGGAUAGAACUCCUUUAUAUAUCUCACUAUUGAGAAUUAGUUUAUGGGCCGAUGGUGCUAUACAUACAUCAUUGGAUGCGUACCAAAUUCUUUAUUAUACAAUAGCGUAUGAUUGGAUGCUUUUUGGGCAUGAUUUGCAAGAUAGAUUAAGUAAAGGAGAAGAAAUCUUUUUUUUCUGUUUCUUUUUUCUGAAAUAUAUUCAUGACGAAGAUUUCAGUAUCAAUCGCCAUAAUCGUUCCAAGCAUCCCGUUUUACGUAAUGACAGUGAUUCACAGUUGGAUAAUGUAAUGUUUGAUAAUGAAUCUAUCGUAACUCUCAGUUCAGUCAGUUCCAACUUAAGUCUGAAUAGUUGGUGUAGUUCUGUCAGUCAAAAUAGCAGGGAUAGUCAGGAUAAUAAUCCACCAGCUGUGUUUCAAUGUGCCUCUGGAGACAACAGUCAGGAAGAUUAUCAUAGUAAUGGAAAUGUUGUACAAUUUGCAUUUUACCAUUCUCCAAAUAAAGAAGCACACGGAUCUCGAUCCCCUCUUCCCCCUAACAGAACAUCUCCAGUUGCUGUACCUGUACCAGGUCGUCUUCGACAACGAAAUGAAUCGUCUUCUUCUGGUGGUUCAUGGCAAAUGAUAUCUGGAACUGGAAGUUUACGUGGUUCGACAACAGCCAAUGCACCUAUUGCAGAUGCAUUAACUUCUUCUAACUUGGCUUGCAGAAAUUUAUGUGAAACUUUUGGACAUACAUCACAAGAAUCUAGUACAACUAUAAUAGAAGAUGAAGCAUGCUCGUCGUCACCAGUACAAACUCGCAAAGAUAGACUGCAGUGUUUAAGAACAAUAUUUUAUAGUGCUUAUAAACAUACUGGAUUCCGUAUGAAAGAUAAUUCUGAACCAGGAGGUUUAGGUCAAAUAAUCGGCAAUUUUGCAGAGAAAAUUCAUUAAAUAUACUAUUCUUUGGGGUGGAACAUUUUCUCUACAAAAGGGACAUUGUGGUUUAUUACGCAACCAAUUACUAAUGCAAGGCCAACAAAAUGUGUGACCACAGGGAGUUGCAGUUGUUGAUAUUGCUUCGGUACACAACUGACAGUUUUUAUGCACAUCUGUUUCUGUUAACUUUAUAAGUUCUUCGUUAUUCUUCUGCUGCGAUUCAUUUUGCCAUAUUCUUAAUACAGUUUGCAUUAAAGUUAUAA